AUGGGCGUGAGAUCCGGGCUGCCCGGGACCGCGGAGAAGCUCGAGCUGAGACGAGGCGGGAGGGCGCUGCCCGUUGUCGGCUCCGUAGACGACUCCGCGCGAUUGGUCUCGGAAGUUACUCUAAAGCUAUUGCAGUGCUGUGAGAUCUUCAGGACUGUUAACAAUGACAAUUACAGUUUUCAGACUGCAGUCUGUGGCGCCUAUGUUCACGCCGAUGCUCCUACCAAUAAGACUCUAGCUGGACUGGUGGUGCAGCUUCUCCAGUUCCAGGAAGAUGCCUUUGGGAAGCACGUCACCAACCCAGCCUUCACCAAACUACCUGCAAAGUGUUUCAUGGACUUCAAAGCUGGAGGCACCUUGUGUCACAUUCUUGGGUCUGCUUACAAGUAUAAAAACGAACAGGGGUGGCGGAGAUUUGAUUUACAGAAUCCAUCCAGAAUGGAUCGUAAUGUUGAAAUGUUUAUGAACAUUGAAAAAACCUUGGUGCAGAACAAUUGUCUGACCAGACCUAACAUCUACCUCAUUCCAGACAUUGAUCUGAAGUUGGCUAACAAAUUGAAAGAUAUCAUCAAACGACAUCAGGGGACGUUUACUGAUGAGAAGUCGAAAGCUUCCCACCAUAUUUAUCCAUAUCCUUCCUCACAAGAGGAUGAAGAAUGGUUGAGACCAGUGAUGAGAAAAGACAAGCAGGUGUUAGUACACUGGGGCUUCUACCCAGACAGCUAUGAUACUUGGGUCCAUAGUAAUGAUGUUGAUGCUGAAAUUGAAGAUCCACCAAUCCCAGAAAAGCCGUGGAAGGUUCAUGUGAAAUGGAUUUUGGACACUGACACUUUCAAUGAAUGGAUGAAUGAGGAAGAUUAUGAAGUAGAUGAGAAUAGGAAGCCAGUGAAUUUUCGUCAACGAAUUCCAACAAAGAAUGAAGAGCCAGUCAGAAGUCCAGAGAGAAGAGAUCGGAAAGCAUCAGCUAACGCUCGGAAGAGGAAGCAUUCUCCUUCGCCUCCCCCUCCUACACCCACAGAAUCACGGAAGAAAAGUGGCAAAAAGGGCCAAACUAGUCUUUAUGGGAAGCGCAGAAGUCAGAAAGAGGAAGAUGAGCAAGAGGAUCUUACCAAGGACAUGGAGGACCCCACACCAGUACCCAAUAUAGAGGAAGUAGUGCUCCCUAAGAACGUAAACCCAAAGAAAGAUAGUGAAAAUACACCCGUUAAAGGAGGAACUGUGGCAGAUCUAGAUGAACAGGAUGAAGAAACAGUCACAGCAGGAGGAAAGGAAGAUGAAGACCCUAGCAAAGGUGAUCAGGGUCGGUCAGUUGACCCUGGUGAAGAUAAUGUCACGGAGCAGACCAAUCACAUUAUUAUUCCCAGCUACGCCUCAUGGUUUGAUUAUAACUGUAUUCAUGUGAUUGAGCGGCGUGCACUUCCUGAGUUUUUCAACGGAAAAAAUAAAUCCAAGACUCCAGAAAUAUACCUGGCAUAUCGAAACUUUAUGAUCGACACGUAUCGCCUGAACCCCCAAGAGUAUUUGACCAGCACUGCUUGUCGGAGGAACUUGACUGGAGAUGUGUGCGCCGUGAUGAGGGUUCACGCCUUUCUAGAGCAGUGGGGACUCGUUAAUUACCAAGUUGAUCCGGAAAGUCGGCCCAUGGCCAUGGGACCUCCUCCUACUCCUCAUUUCAAUGUGUUAGCUGACACCCCCUCGGGGCUUGUGCCUCUGCAUCUUCGAUCACCUCAGGUCCCUGCUGCUCAGCAGAUGUUAAACUUUCCUGAGAAGAACAAGGAAAAACCAAUUGAUUUGCAGAACUUUGGUCUUCGUACUGACAUUUACUCCAAGAAAACAUUAGCAAAGAGUAAAGGUGCUAGCGCUGGAAGAGAGUGGACAGAACAGGAGACCCUUCUCCUCCUGGAGGCCCUGGAGAUGUACAAGGAUGAUUGGAACAAAGUGUCAGAACACGUUGGAAGCCGCACACAGGAUGAGUGCAUCCUGCACUUUCUGAGGCUUCCCAUCGAGGACCCAUACCUCGAGAAUUCAGACGCUUCCCUCGGGCCGCUGGCCUACCAGCCCGUCCCGUUCAGUCAGUCGGGAAACCCGGUCAUGAGCACUGUGGCUUUUUUGGCCUCUGUGGUGGACCCUCGUGUAGCAUCUGCUGCAGCUAAGGCAGCUCUGGAGGAGUUUUCUCGAGUCCGGGAAGAGGUACCACUGGAGUUGGUUGAAGCGCACGUCAAGAAAGUGCAAGAAGCCGCACGAGCCUCUGGGAAGGUGGAUCCCACAUAUGGUUUGGAGAGCAGCUGCAUCGCAGGCACUGGGCCUGAUGAGCCCGAGAAACUGGAAGGAGCUGAAGAGGAAAAAAUGGAAACAGACGCUGAUGGUCAGCAGCCUGAAAAGGCGGACAACAAAGGAGAAAACGAAAUGGAUGAAUGUGAUAAAGCACAAGAUGGAGAAAAUGAAAAAAAUAGCGAGAAGGAACAGGACAGUGAAGUUAGUGAAGAUAUCAAAUUAGAAGAAAAGGAGACUGAAGAGAACAAGGAACUCACUGAUGCAUGUAAGGAAAGAGAAAAUGACACCACGAAGAAGAAAGUAGAACAUGAGAUUUCUGAAGGAAAUGUUGCCACCGCCGCGGCAGCUGCUCUCGCUUCAGCUGCUACCAAAGCCAAGCACCUGGCUGCUGUGGAAGAGAGAAAGAUCAAGUCUCUGGUAGCUCUGCUGGUUGAGACACAAAUGAAGAAACUGGAGAUCAAACUUCGACACUUUGAGGAGCUUGAAACUAUCAUGGACAGAGAGAAAGAGGCUUUAGAACAGCAGAGGCAGCAGUUGCUUACAGAACGACAGAACUUCCACAUGGAGCAGCUAAAAUACGCUGAGUUACGUGCCCGACAGCAAAUGGAGCAACAGCAGCAUGGCCAGAACCCUGCACAGGCACAUCAUGCGGGGGGCCCUGGCCUGGCCCCUCUUGGAACCGCUGGGCACCCAGGCAUGAUGCCCCAUCAGCAGCCCCCUCCCUACCCACUGAUGCACCACCAGAUGCCACCACCUCACCCACCCCAGCCAGGUCAGAUGCCAGGUCCCGGCUCCAUGAUGCCAGGCCGCAUGAUGCCCACUGUCGCAGCCAGCAUCCACCCUGCGGGGAGCGGUGCCGCCCCUCCUGGUAUGCCUCCAAUGCCGGGGAGCAUCUUAGGACCCCGAGGGCCCCUCACAGCGCCUAACGGCAUGUAUCCCCCUCCACCGCAGCAGCAGCCGCAGCCACCGCCGCCACCACCUGCGGAUGGUGUGCCUCCUCCGCCUGCUCCAGGCCCACCGGCCUCAGCCACUCCUUAGCCUGAAGAGACAGGACACCUCCACGCCCACCGCCACAGCUGGAGCGGGGACACAAGACCAUGAGUUCCUCGGCCUCCUUGAGUUUCUUGCAGGAUUUUAUUUUCACAGCUCCACACGCACACCUGUGUCUCCCCACUCCUCUUGACCCCCUUUCUGUGCUCUGACACAUCCUGAGCUCAGUGGGAAGCCUGUGAUGACAGUGUGGGGUGAUUGUCCUCAAACCAGCCUGCAUUUCUCCCGUCCCAGUGUGAGGUGUUGGCCAUUUACUGGCAGGUUCUGUCAGCAUUAGUAUUUGUGUGAAGUUUUGCUCUCCUGCUGGUUUUUUGUUUUUUGGGGUUUUUUUUUGGGGGGGGUUGUUUUGUUUGCUUAGUUUUAUGCUUCUAUGGAUAAUCCUCUAUAAUUUUCAUCCUUUUUUAUAUUA